GCGGGACCAGCGGGCAUGGCGUCAGUUCCGGCCGGUUAUCUCGGCGCGGCCGCCUCUGGCAACGGUGAGUGAGCGGUGCGGCCUUUAACUCGCUCUUGGCACAAGCUGCGGGGGACGGGACGGGAGUUCAGAUCGACGGCGACCGCCGACUUUUGAAAUUUGAAGGAUUUACUCAGGCGACAUCUCCUUCGACUGAUAAUUCUCGUGGAUAAUGACAUUGGGUCUGACAUGCACAAUGGCAAUUUUCAAACAAGACAACGUGGAGAAGUACUAUGAGAUGGGCGAAGAGCUAGGAAGCGGCCAGUUUGCCAUUGUGAGGAAAUGCCGCGAGAAAAGCACCGGUAUUGAGUAUGCGGCCAAGUUCAUCAAGAAGCGGCGCCUGUCUUCCAGUCGCCGAGGGGUGAGCCUUGAGGAAAUCGAGCGGGAAGUGAACAUUCUGAGGGAAAUCCAGCACCCAAACAUCAUUACUUUGCACGAUAUAUUUGAGAACAAGACUGAUGUUAUUUUGAUCCUUGAGCUGGUGUCAGGAGGCGAGCUUUUUGAUUUCUUGGCUGAGAAAGAAUCAUUGACUGAGGAGGAGGCAACUGAAUUUCUCAAACAGAUUUUGGAUGGUGUGCACUAUCUACACUCAAAGAAGAUUGCUCAUUUUGAUCUGAAGCCUGAAAAUAUUAUGCUUCUGGAUAAAAACGUUCCCAAUCCCCGUAUCAAGCUGAUCGAUUUUGGUAUUGCCCAUAAAAUUGAGGAUGGGAAUGAAUUUAAAAACAUCUUUGGAACCCCUGAGUUUGUUGCCCCUGAAAUAGUUAAUUAUGAACCAUUGGCUUUGGAAGCAGACAUGUGGAGCAUUGGUGUUAUCACUUAUAUUCUUUUGAGCGGUGCCUCUCCAUUUCUUGGUGAAACUAAACAAGAAACCCUAACAAACAUUUCUGCUGUGAACUACGACUUUGAUGAAGAGUACUUCAGUAACACCAGUGAACUGGCGAAGGAUUUCAUCCGCAGGCUUCUGGUGAAAGACCCCAAAAAAAGAAUGACCAUUGGUGAUAGCCUUGAGCAUCCAUGGAUUAAGGUGAUCAAGAGAAGGAAUGUGAGGCGGGAGGAUAAUAGCAAGAAACCAGAGCGCCGUAGACUGAAGACGACUCGACUCAAGGAGUACACAAUCAAAUCACAUUCCAGCAUGCCUCCAAACAAUACCUAUGUCAACUUUGAAAGAUUCUCCAAAGUCCUUGAAGAAAUCACUGCCGUCGAAGAAAGCAUUCAGGAGCUGGUGCGAAACAAGAAAUCCUUCAAGGAGGACAUUGAUGCUCUCGUUUCCAUUUAUGAUGAGAAGGAAUCUUGGUAUAAGGAAGAGAAUGAAAGCAUCAGCCAAGAUCUUGGGCACAUUAAAAAUGAGUUACGCAAGACAGAAACCCUGAGGAAACAGGCACAGGAUGAAGUCAAGUCAACCAUGUUGUCCACCAACAUCUUAAAGCGGAAAUAUACCAAACUAGAAAAUCGUUAUGAUGCAUUAACUGCAGAAUUGAAGUGGGUUGGGGAGCUCCUGAAGUCUGUAGAGCAGGAGGGAAUGCAAGGAGGGAUUGGUAACAACGGGCGACAUGGAGGAAUGCGCUAGGUGCCAUUACACUGAAAAACUUGAACCUCUUAGCUAGUUCAUCAAAUGGAAUUAUGCCACAUUGGGAGCUGGCUUCAGCUGCAAUUCACAAACUUUGGUGUCUGAGAUUCAGAACUGAUUGAAUCUUUAUUUCUAGUCCUCUUAUUAUGGGGUUUUGUUGAAUGUGAAUGAAAUUCACCUUGUAAUGGAUUCUCAAUCACACAAGCAGUGCAUGUUGCUUUUGACAUUGCCUUUGCUAUACUUGUGUACCUCUAAUGAACCCCAUUUACUUCCCAACACUAUUGACCAUCAUGACUCUAGAGGUCAUGGCCAUGCUUUAUUUCAGCACUUCUAAAUUGUGAAUGGCAGGGUGGGUAUUGACGUUUGGAAAGAUGUUCUUAUUUUGGAUAAGAUUCAAUUCCUCUCUUCCAUCCUCCUUCCCCUGCCCCCAAAAAAACUCUUCACCGUUAUGCACUAAGAUUUUAGAACAAAUUUGUAGCAAAGGAAUACUAAGGAAAAUGUUAUUCUCACUUCCCCACUUUUAUCGUUACCGUUGUUAAAAUUAUUUGGAUCUUGUUGAAGGGAGUGGUGGCUGUGUCUAUCAACAGAUAAUCUGUGGAUAACUGGGUUACUGUCAGUGCAGACUCUUGUGAAGAGACCUUCCUAAUAAUUAGUGUAAAAUUGUUACAUAGACCAGAUUAGUGUUCCCUAUUUGCAUGAGUUGACAUUCACUGGAGAAAUUUUCAGAAGACCUGUAUCAAUGAUUACAGUGAUUUUAAUGGGCACAGAUAUGUGAAUUGAAACUUAUAUUCUCUGAGCAACUUUGUUCUUUGCAUUGAGGAGAUGAUGUUGGGUGUUUGGCAAAUCUCGUACUGCUCCUGUCUUAACUAAGUUAAGCUGCAACUUUCAGGAGUCCAAUGGGCAGGUCUUGUAUUUCCUUUGAGACAUUCUGACUUUGGGUUUAUUUCAGUGAUGUGGACCAUUUUUAUUGCCUGCAGGUAAACUACUGUAUUUCUGGUUUGGGUGCCAUGACAAGGAUGUGGUGUUGUAAUUUGGGAAGAAUGAGAUGAAAUGGGACUUCUUUUGAAUCUCACUAGUGCAAUAUAUAUUCUUUUAAAUUGCUGCACAAAGACAUCAGGAAAACACGUUUUAGACAUUCACAUAGUUAUGGGCGGGUUUUGGUUUGAGUGGCAGGUUUCAUGUGCCUGUAGAUAGAAUUAAAGUCUUACCUGUUGUUCUACUUGAAGACGUCUUACAAAACUAACAACAGAGAUACCAGGCUCAAACUGAGUCAAGACUGCCCUAGAACCAAGUUUUGAACUUUUACAAUUGUCAAUAUAAUGUGAAUAUUUGAUUUCAAACUAAAAGGGUCCUUCCACUUGUCCUGCAAACUCAGCAUUCACAAGUUAUUGAACCUAACUCGACCUCUUGCAGAUGACUGUAGACCAUUUCACUAGUUUUCUUUUAUUUAAACCAAUUGGAAAGCUAUGUAUUCUAAUAAGGCAAACAUUGCUUAUUUGCAGAUUUACUUUAAGUUAUGUCAUGUAUAUCCAGGAGUUGCUCUUAAAACCUGACAUGGUGUCAGAUUUAAUUGCAAUGAUACUUGCCCUCUCCAAUCCUCUCCCACUUCCCCCACCGACCUCUGCCAAACCAGCUACAUGCAAAUAGGUCUUCAGGAUCUUAAAUAUAAUGCAUGUCAUUGUGACGUUCAGGAUUAUCCCUCCUGUUUGUGAAAGGAAUGGCCACCAAAUAGAAACUUUCUAAUGCCAGCUCAAAAUUUGGUGUAGUUUUUACUAAAGAGUUUGAGGAUUACUGUUGCGCAAGUUGUGUUAAAGUAGGUUCAGUGAGAUUUCAUUGUGCCAGAGGAUCCAUUGCAGUCUAUGGUACCGUAUUUCUCUGAAACUGCUGCUGCCUCUUCCUCCACCGCCAUGAUCCCUUGUACCAUUUGCAGCUAAAGUAUUUCACUGGGUCUUUGCAUUCCAAUUUUGAUACUGCAAUAAUGUCUUAAUCAAAUUUAAAUUAAAUGUAACCAGAAUUAAAUGUAACAUUAUUUUCUUUGAGCUUUGUUAUAAGGAAAGUUACAUUUUUGUUUUUGUUGUAAUGUGUAAAGAGUUUCUAUGUCAUGCACCAUGCGACUUCACGUUGAUGCUAAUGCUUAAUGCUAAGCUGAAAUGUCCAUUUAACACUAUUUACGUUAAUAAUUGCAUUAUUUUCCAUGCAAUAAUAAACAUUAAAAACAUUUCAAGGC